UCGGAGUACUACAGAAAGUAGGGAACAUCAGAGUGAAAUGUUAGCGUGAGUGCAGUGGUGGAGGCAUCUGCAAAGGGAGGCAUGGCCCCGCUUCUCUGGUGGGGGAGGGUUGUGAGAGAGAGGGAACGAGCACGUCUGUACGGUCCUGGGGAGUUGGACUUUGGAGGUGGUAGAGGAGGUAGAUUUGGGAGAACAGAGGAAAAGAGAGGUGUCGCCUUUGAGCGUCAAGUUCAUUUAUUCUAGCCUCUCAAAAGUAGCAGCUUGCAAAAACACAGCCAGAUCGUGUCCGUACCCAUGCCAUGCUGGAUUCACAAGACUCCUGGGGACUAUAAAGUGAAAAUGGCGCAACAAGAACCAGCAGAGUCUUCUCAAAAUACCAAGCAGUCCAUUAUUUCAGAGGAGUUAAUUUCAGAAGGAAAAUGGGUCAAGCUUGAAAAAACAACUUACAGAGAUCCUACUGGUAAAACAAGUGUGUUGGGGAUGGGACCUUCAGUGCUUUUCCCAGCACUGUCUUCUUCAGUCUUUAGGACUCUAACCGUAGGAGGCAGCAGAGAGAACUGGGCCAGAAGAACUUGGGAAACUGUGAAGCGGACAACGAGGAAAGGCCAGUCGGCUGAUGGUGUGGCGGUCAUCCCCUUGCUGCAAAGAACCCUUCACUAUGAAUGCAUCAUUCUGGUGAAGCAGUUCCGACCCCCGAUGGGGGGCUACUGCCUAGAAUUCCCCGCCGGUCUCAUCGAUGAGAACGAAAGCCCAGAAGCAGCCGCUCUUCGGGAGCUCGAGGAAGAAACUGGCUACAAGGGCGACGUUGCUGAAUGUUCCCCAGCUGUCUGUAUGGAUCCAGGCUUGUCAAACUGUACCACACAUAUCGUAACCGUAACUAUCAAUGGAGACGAUGCUGAAAACGUAAGGCCUAAGCCAAAGCCAGGAGAUGGAGAAUUUGUGGAAGUGAUUUCCUUACCAAAGAAUGACCUGCUGAAGAGACUUGAUGCUCUGGUAGCUGAUGAACAUCUGACAGUGGACGCCAGAGUCUAUUCCUACGCUCUGGCGCUGAAACAUGCAAACACGAAGCCAUUUGAAGUGCCCUUCUUGAAGUUUUAAGGCCAAAGGACAGUCGCCGUGUUUCUGUAACCAGGACACAGGCCUCCAUCAUUAAGACUUUGUAUUCAGCUUAGUUGCAAUGGAAAUUUGAAAUUAGUUUUUUCAUAAAAUAAAAGCACAGAAUGCA